GUAUUCCCCUUUACAACAAGAAAAAACGAGGUCUGCUGAACAAAUUUCAUUUCCGGUGAAUAGUCCUUCCCAAUGGCUGCAUAUCGUUCAUUCAAUGCCACGUUCAAGAACAGUCUCCAAAAAGCUGCAGAAAUCGGAGAUAUCGAAACAGUGCGUCAACUGCUAGAAAGUAAAAUAUGCGAUGCCAACGAGAGGACAGACACAGUUGGAUUGGGCUUACUUGUACCGGUUGACAGGACGCCUCUUCAUUACGCUGCUACGGGUGGUCACUGCGAUAUAGCGGCUCUCCUCAUCCAGCACGGAGCUGAUCCCUGCAGAGUGACCUGGGAUGGCCAGACACCUCUUCAUUUCGCUGCUACUGCUGGCCACUGCGAUAUAGCAGCAUUCCUCAUCCAGCACGGAGCUGAUCCCUGCAGAGUGACCUGGGAUGGCCAGACACCUCUUCAUUUCGCUGCUACUGCUGGCCACUGCGACAUAGCGGCUCUCCUCAUCCAGCACGGAGCUGAUCCCUCCGGUGCAAACAAGGGGGGUCAGACGCCCCUUCAUAGCGCUGCUUUUGGUGGUCACAGUGAUGUAGCAGCUCUUCUCAUUCAGCACGGAGCUGAUCCCAGCAGGUACAGUGUGGAUGCUCGGAGUCCUCUUUUUGACGCUGCUAUGGGUGGUCACUGCGAUGUAGUAACUCUCCUCAUCCAGCACGGAGCUGAUCCCUGCAGUAUGAACUGGAUGAGAGUGACGCCUCUUCAUGACGCCGCUAUGGGAGGUCACCGCGAUGUAGCAGCUCUUCUCAUUCAGCACGGAGCUGAUCCUUGCAGUGAGGACUGGAAAUACAAAAUGUUCUGUUGUACUGCAAAAAGGACAGUUAUGGGGAAAGGAGACAAGAUGGCGUAG